AACUGAGCGUGAGGGCGCAGAGAACGCACGUUUCCACCUGGCCGUGUGCGCAAAGUGGUGACCUUCUAUUAUUAUUUUUUGGUUUAACCCCCCUCAGGAGGAAAAUUUAUCACCUUUAGCGCCUCUGGUUAAAAAACAAACACCCAGCAACGACCUCCCCCUCCGGUUUCUGAGAGGAAUGGUGUCUGCUGGAGGAGGAGGAGGAGGAGGUGUCUCCAUGCAAGAAGGAUGCUGUGUAGUAAGUGAAAGGCGGAGGAGAGGAGGGGAGUGCAGCUCUACGUCAGUGCACAUCACAGGAGCACACAGAAGCGUUUUUUGCUUCCAGUAUACUCGGGGUUACUCCCUGCACUGAAAUAAAUCCCGGUCACCCUAAAACCCAACGACCUUCGCACCGCCAAAAGAAGACACAUCACGAUUGAAAUAAGCAAAGGAUGCCAUGGCUGGGAUUCAUGCAUAACAAACUGAAGGAACCAAGACUGUCAGCCUGCAGGGAUUUGGUGUCUGGUUGGAGUCCAGCAGCAGCAGCAGAGCAGGGAGCUGUCCACGGUGCUGAAUCUAGCAGCUAACAGAAUCCCCACCGCACACUCAUGUGCUUGGGCCGCUCCUGAUACCUUUCAUUCCCCGCAGCAACUGACCACCACCUCUAAAGGUUCAAGAUGGAUGAUGACGGGCGCUACAGAGAUGGCCGCUCAGACUUUAUCCGCGGCGCCAAGGACAUUGCCAAAGUUGCCAAGAAGCAGGUCGGCAAGAAGGUAGGGCGCGGCAUGGACAAAAUGACAGAUGAGUACACCAAGCGCUCCUAUAAGCGGUUUGAGGAGGAAGAUGACGACGACGACUAUGCUGGUGUGCCAAGCAACGACGGCGGAUAUUAUCGCAACGACAGCCGGGCCAAUGACGACGAAGGUCACAGCGACUCCACUGAAGGACACGACGAGGACGACGAGAUCUACGAAGGCGAGUAUCAGGGCAUCCCAAGGGCAGACUCAGGCAAACCCAGCAGCAUGGAUGGAGUGACGGCCACCCAGGCGCAGCAGUUUAGGGAUCUGUCGGCUUACGAGGGCGAGAGGAAGAAAGACCAGGAGGAGUUGGCCCAGCAGUAUGAGACCAUCCUGCAGGAGUGUGGCCACGGGAAGUUCCAGUGGACGCUCUACUUUGUCCUGGGCCUGGCGCUGAUGGCGGACGGCGUGGAGAUCUUUGUAGUCGGCUUCGUGCUGCCCAGUGCUCAGAUAGACAUGUGUCUAUCUGAACCCAACAAAGGCAUGCUAGGUCUGAUCGUGUACCUGGGGAUGAUGGUCGGGGCCUUUGUGUGGGGCGGCCUGGCCGACCGAAUUGGCCGGCGGCAGACCCUCCUCAUCUCCCUCUCCAUCAACAGCGUGUUUGCCUUCUUCUCGUCCUUCGUCCAGGGCUACAGCUCAUUCCUCUUCUGCCGCCUGGCUUCCGGUGUGGGCAUCGGCGGCUCCAUCCCCAUUGUGUUUUCCUAUUACUCGGAAUUUCUGGCCCAGGAGAAGCGAGGAGAGCAUCUGAGCUGGCUCUGCAUGUUCUGGAUGAUUGGUGGGAUCUACGCCUCCGCCAUGGCCUGGGCCAUCAUCCCACACUACGGCUGGAGCUUCCAGAUGGGUUCGGCCUACCAGUUUCACAGCUGGCGCGUCUUUGUGCUGGUGUGUGCCUUCCCCUCUGUGGCGGCCAUCUCUGCCCUCACCACCAUGCCUGAGAGCCCCCGCUUCUUCCUGGAGAAUGGGAAGCAUGACGAGGCGUGGAUGAUUCUGAAGCAGGUCCACGACACCAACAUGAGAGCUAAGGGUUACCCAGAGAGGGUCUUCUCUGUGACCACCAUCAAAACGGUGAAGCAGUUGGAUGAGCUGGUUAACAUGGGCGACAAUGCUGCCUGGCAUGAGAAAUGGAGGAUAAAGCUCACUUCACUUUUCCAUCAGGUGUGGAGUAAUUUCCAGACUGUCUUCUCCCCUGAGUAUCGCCGCACCACCUACAUGAUGAUGGCCGUGUGGUUCUCCAUGUCCUUCAGCUACUAUGGUUUGACAGUGUGGUUCCCCGACAUGAUCAAGUACCUGCAGAAGCAGGAGUACUCCUCGCGCACCAAGGUCUUCGUCAAGGAAAAAGUAGAGCACGUCACCUUUAACUUCACCCUAGAGAACCAGGUCCAUCGUCAGGGAGAGUAUUUUAAUGACAAGUUUAUGAACCUGAAAAUGAGGUCGAUGGUGUUUGAGGAUUCGCUGUUUGAGGAGUGUUUCUUUGAGGACAUCACCUCCACCAAUACCUUCUUCAAGAACUGCACCUUCAUUGCCACUUUGUUUUAUAACACAGAUCUUUUCAAAUACAGGUUGAUCAACUGUAAGCUCAUCAACAGCACUUUUCUGCACAACAAAGAAGGCUGCCUACUAAGUGACAUAAGUGAUGAAAAUAAUGCCUACAUGGUCUACUUUGUCAGUUUUCUGGGCACCUUGGCUGUGUUGCCAGGCAACAUCGUCUCUGCGCUGCUCAUGGACAAAAUCGGACGGCUGAGGAUGCUAGCGGGCUCCAGCGUGAUCUCUUGCAUCAGCUGUUUUUUCCUGUCUUUUGGCAAUAGUGAGUCGGCCAUGAUCGCUCUGCUCUGCCUGUUCGGAGGAAUCAGCAUCGCCUCCUGGAACGCCCUGGAUGUGCUGACCGUUGAGCUGUACCCCUCAGACAAGAGAACCACAGCAUUUGGCUUCCUCAACGCCCUCUGUAAAUUGGCGGCCGUGUUAGGAAUAAGCAUCUUCACCUCGUUCGUUGGUAUCACCAAGGCUGUGCCCAUCCUGUUUGCCUCGGGGGCGCUGGCAGCAGGCAGCUUUCUGGCCCUUAAACUACCAGAGACACGAGGUCAGGUGCUGCAAUAGUGUGGCGCCAGCACCUUUCCAGAGCAGGGGGGUGGGGGGGCUGAAGAGUUUUAGCCACACUGUGAACGAACAGCUCAAGAGCCCUCCGAAUGCAGCCCUCCAACCCCUCCCCAGAACAUUUAGCGUUAUUUGAUAGAUUAGUGAUUAGAAGCCUUAAGCUGCUAAUCAUUGAUGAUUGCACAGAAUUGGAGCAGCAAGAAAACAUGAAACAAAUGCAAACAUUAAAUGAAUAAUGAAUUAAAUGAAUCCCCUCCUAGUGUAGAUGCUCACAUGUGGGGUUGGAGGUCCGUGGAUGGGGGCUCUUGAUUCCGAGCCAUGCAAAUAGACUCAUAGAAAAUGACCGCUAGCCAUCCUUGCAGAGUUCUCUGUAGUCACCUCCAUUCUUCUGAGUUCAACUCACCUCCCAAGUCUUGUCAUUGUUGGACUCAAAAAUGCAACAUUUUCUGCCUCAAUUUGAAGCAUUUUUGACUUUGCGGGGUAAAACCAAGAUGCUCCUCUCUUGGCUUUCUCUUUAACAAAGGCCUAUCCUCAUUCUUUAUCUCCUGAGGUCCUGUGUUGGUGUACAGACAAACUGCCAUUUUAUAGAUUAUAGAACAUUCCAGGUUUGCUUUUGUUACUGUUUGAGGAGAUCAGUCGAGCCUCUCUCUCCCUUUAUAGCACCGAUCACCUCUGAACAAGUCAAUCGAAUCAAAGAGUGGACAAGGGGAAAUUUGUGUGCCGUCUCCAAUGCCAUUUCAUCACCGAGAUUCGUACAUGUAAAGCACAGCCAUUCAUGGGUGUGAGCAGACCUAACAUUUUCUUCACGAAAAUGUUCAGAAUCUCACAGUCAUUGUUUUCAAUCACGCUGUAUAUCCUUUUGUGAGAAAAAUGCCUUUUUUUAGUACUUUCUCCUCUCAGACUUACAAUAUGUUUGUCUCUUAUAUGUUUUGGAGGGUGUUAUGCAUGUCACAAAGUAUGUAUGUAACUUCAUGAAAAACUGAGAGUACAAACAUGUAAACGGCAUUCGCACGUCAAUUAACUGCUGUAGUAUUUUGACAUUUUUUACCCAUUAAAGACAGCACAGUUAAUUUUUUCUGCAGCUGAGGAACGUUCCCACACUGUUCUCAGCACAUGCAGCAAAAGGACAUCAAAUUUUAAACACAUCUUUUAGCCAUUCAAACUUAUUACACGUGGAAGAAAAGUAAAUAAUCUAAUGGUUUCAGUGCUGGCACAAACUGUGUUAGGUGUGUAAGCUAACCUUUAAAAAAACUGUAAUCUAAAUACCUGUGUGAACUGAAUGUUUAUAUUAACGUGAGUGUGCUUCUUAGUGCAAUAUUGAACCUCUGUGCAAUAUUGAGAUUUUGUUUGUAUUUAUUUAGUCUGUCUUUUUGCCAUUUCACUAUUUUCAUGUGGAUGUGGGUUAGCUAUCUCAUAUAGAUAGCAAACAUGGUGUGAAAACAUACUGGACAUGCUUAUCCUGCCUUUUUGCUCUAUAAAUAUGAAAGUUUGAAAGAUUCAAGCCAAAUUUCUGCACCCAAAGUUCUCAUAUUUUGCUAAUUGAGGGUCUGUAUAUCUGUGGAACAUGUAACAGAUUGAGCAGCAAAGAUUAACUGCAUUAGAAAAGGAUUGUUGUGCUAAUGGGGGUGAAUUUGAUGUACCUUGUGUUUAUUUGUGCUUUAUGAUACAGAUGUAGCCGGAUAUGACAUCAUAUUCACCAUAGAGAACUCACUGCCAAGGGCUGAUAGUCAUAUAUUCCACACAGGUAACAGCACAGAGUGCCGGUGGAAGAUUGCCACAUUCCCCUGAUCAAGAAAAGUAACACUGAUAUGUUCACAAUUGCACGUUAAAAGACAAACAAUCAUAGACAUGUCAGAUUAAGAAAAAACAAAGAAUGUUUUUGUCCAAACUGCCAUUUUGUAGGAUAGCAGCCAUACGUAGACUCAAGAAUAAACAGCCAAACCAUUGCACUAAGUGUACACGGUCGUACAUGCACAAUUGUGAAAGCCUCGAGUUCUUUAAGACGCAUCCUGAUGCAGCCUUGCUACACAUGGCAUGAAGAACCGGGCUUAGCAAGAGCACAAAUCUACCAAAUGAAAAUUUUGUGAACACAAGUGCAAUUGUGAACAUACAGCAGAUGCUUUUUUUAUUCUUUCACAGCCCACCAGGAACAUGCCCCUUCUACAUUUCACCUUUCCCAUUUUCUCUAAAUUUGACAUCUGAUCCAUUAUCUAUAAGUGUGCCAUGAGUACCACCUCUCAUUAAUUAUUGCCAAAUGUUUUCUAUGGCCUGAGUUUACACAUUAUACCACCAAUCCUCUGUGAUACAUAUGAAUAUAUGUAAAUAAAAAUACAAUGUAAUUAAGAUAGCUUUUCAAACCUGUUGAGCCCCGGAUCUAUACGACAGUGCAGUCAGUCUUUGCCAUCGCUCAUGUGAAACACCUGGCCUCCCUGCUGUCAUGUACUGAUGAAGGCUUGUUCUCAUUGCUCACAUGAGAACCUGUCUUUAGAAGUUCACAUGCUCUUAUUGUGAAACUGCAACAAAUACUGACUUCAUAAGCCAAAAUGUCCAGCAAGUCAGAAAGUAAAAGUUUGCCAGAUCCCCUCUUAAAAGCACAGUGAUAGUAAAUAAAUAAAUGCACAUUAACUGUACAAAUAUAGAUGCGUUAGCUGUCCUAUUCUCUCUAUGUUGUCCUACAUCACCCAUGAAUUAAGAGCAACGAUGUCAAGGUAACUGUCGUACUUAUUCAGCAUGGAAUGCUGUUAAAACGCUAACAUGUCUCAGUGACUCAGUCCAGGCUCCGUCCAAGUCAAGAUUGUCUCUCGUAGAUACAUAUCUUAGCUUAUGUUACAGGGUUUUUUUGUAUAAUUAACAUGUUGCCUUUAAGCAACAGUCCAUUGUGAGUGCAAAAAGUUAACAAAGCAAUAAGUGUUUGGGUAUUUGUGUCUUAUUCUCUCCUUUGAAGCUAUUGGGAAUCGGAGCACAUUACUACAUACUGGCCUCGUCCACUGAAAUGCUGAGUGUUGGCGUAUAAUGGCACAGAACUAAACAGCUAACAUUCGUGUGUACUCUCUAAAACAACCCUAGGUCUUGAGGCUUUUGUCAAUAAAACUGCAUCGCCAUUAAUUAAAUGUAACAAAGAAUUUAUCACCUUUGUCACCGUACUGUGCUGUAGAAACUGUAGUUGAUUGUAAGUAUAGAAACUGUGGAAUCAUAAAUCUAAAAGGAAAAAAACAAAAAAAAGACGUGUAAAUGAACAAUGCUGUAUGUUGUCUUUGAGUUUGUGUAUUUUGUAAAUGAGAAUGAAAUAUAAGUAAAUACAUCAAUGUUAAAUACCGGUUAUGAAUCAUAGUUAGACUAAAUGUGGCAGCAUCACUUCUGUUUAAAGGUGUGUGAGAUUUUUUCUUAUAUUUUCUCCUUGUUGGUUUUUGAUUGGGUUUGCUGUGACCCUUUGGAACCACAAUGGACAACAAAGAACCAUGAAGAAUAAACAAGUGGAAAAGAA